UCCGCACAGGGUGACGCGUCGCGGUGAGUGAGUGGCGCUGGCAGGCUGUCAAUCCCGCCGGGCGGCCAUCAAACACCCCAAAACACACACGGGCGCCGGGCGGCGGGGCCCAUAAAUUCCGGCGGGCCGAUAUUUUUGCACAUUGCUUUGCAGAGAGUGUGUAAUUAAUUUUUUUACAGUUCUUUCCCCGUUAUUUCCGCUCUUUUCUUUGCACAAGUUCAAACUUUUGAUUGCCGCCGUGUCACCCCCGCGCACUGACUGGGGAUCAUUUGUUAUUUUUGGGGGGAGGGCGAUUAAUUUUUUUUUUCCCUCUGUGAUUGUGUUUUCUUGGCUUUUUUAUGUUGCAGUUUGGGGGCGGGGGUGUUCGCCGGGUUUGUUGUGGGGUUUUGCUGUUGCCACCCUCCUAACUUCAGGAUUUGAAAGCGAGUUUUUUUUAUUUCGUGUUUUGUUGUUUGGGUUGGUUUUUUUUUUAAUAAAAUUUUGCCUUUUUGCAAAGAAGAUUUUUGGACAAGUGGGGAAAGACAUAAAAAAGCAACAAUAAAAAUAAAAAAGGAAAAAAAAAACACCAAACCUCUGGAGGAAGAUUGUACCAGGACAACUGCACAGAAACCUUAUCAACUCAUUUAUCCCAGCCACAGAUAUGAUGAUGAUGAAGGAAGAUUGUAACUAAAGACGAGAGUGAUUUACUGCGCUGGGAAAGAGAAGAGAGUGGAGUAAACAGCUGAGAUCCGGUCAAAACACAAAUACUGAUUUUUUUGUUGUUGUCGUUGUUUUGUUUGGCUUUUUUUUCCCCUGGGUUUUUUGUUGUUUUGGGGGUGUGUGUGCACGAGCGGAGCCGGGAGCCCGGCGUCCCGGCGCGGAGCCUGCCCGGCCCCGGCCCCGGCGGAGCCCGCCCGGCGCUCCCCGCGCUCCGCCCGCCCCGCAGCGCGGCCCGGCCGGCGGCAUGGACGAUCAGUCCCGGAUGCUGCAGACUCUGGCCGGCGUCAACCUGGCCGGGCACUCGGUGCAGGGGGGCAUGGCCCUGCCUCCUCCCCACGGACACGACGGGGCAGACGGCGACGGCAGGAAGCAGGACAUCGGCGACAUCCUCCAUCAGAUCAUGACCAUCACUGACCAAAGCCUGGAUGAGGCACAAGCAAAGAAACACGCACUGAACUGCCACAGAAUGAAACCCGCCUUGUUCAGUGUCCUCUGCGAGAUCAAGGAGAAAACAGGUUUGAGCAUCCGAGGAGCCCAGGAGGAAGACCCUCCCGAUCCCCAGCUAAUGAGACUAGACAAUAUGCUUCUGGCAGAAGGAGUCUCAGGUCCGGAGAAAGGUGGGGGAUCGGCGGCAGCAGCUGCAGCCGCAGCAGCCUCUGGAGGGUCUUCAGAUAACUCUAUUGAACACUCAGAUUACAGAGCCAAAUUGACCCAGAUCAGACAAAUCUAUCACACAGAGCUGGAGAAAUAUGAACAGGCAUGUAAUGAAUUUACCACACAUGUGAUGAACCUCCUCAGAGAACAGAGCCGGACACGUCCCAUUUCUCCCAAGGAGAUCGAAAGAAUGGUGGGCAUCAUUCAUCGAAAAUUCAGCUCCAUCCAGAUGCAACUCAAACAAAGUACUUGUGAAGCAGUAAUGAUUUUAAGAUCAAGGUUCCUCGAUGCCAGACGGAAAAGGCGUAACUUCAGUAAACAAGCCACAGAAAUCUUGAAUGAGUAUUUUUACUCCCACCUCAGUAACCCCUACCCCAGUGAAGAAGCCAAAGAAGAGCUGGCAAAGAAAUGCAGCAUCACAGUAUCACAGGUGUCCAACUGGUUUGGCAAUAAGAGAAUCAGGUACAAGAAGAACAUCGGGAAGUUCCAGGAAGAAGCCAAUCUCUACGCGGCAAAGACGGCAGUGACCGCAGCGCAUGCCGUGGCUGCCGCCGUCCAGAACAACCAGACAAACUCCCCCACCACACCAAACUCUGGUUCUUCUGGUUCUUUUAACCUCCCAAAUUCUGGGGACAUGUUCAUGAACAUGCAGAGUCUGAAUGGGGAUUCUUACCAGGGGUCCCAAGUCGGAGCCAAUGUGCAGUCACAGGUGGAUACCCUGCGUCAUGUUAUCAAUCAGACGGGAGGAUACAAUGAUGGCUUGGGAGGAAAUUCACUGUACAGUCCACAUAAUUUAAAUGCUAAUGGAGGCUGGCAGGACGCAACUACUCCAUCUUCUGUGACUUCCCCUACAGAAGGGCCGGGAAGUGUGCACUCUGAUACCUCUAACUAAUCUCCUAGCAACACUUUUUCCCUGAGCUGAGAUGCCUUGAUUAGUGCAUUCAGAGUCACAGGAGAAAAAGGAAAGAUUUUUUUGUAGCCAACCACCUACAGCUUUACUGUAAAACCUUGUCUUACUAGAAAACUUGGUAAAUCUGUUUUUUAAAGGUAUCAUAAUCAUUUGUAUUUAUACUUAAAACACAAUGUUAAAAGCACUUUAUCCAAUUAGGCCAAGAUUUAGCAUUGUUUAUAGCCCUGUAACUAUUUUAUCAUAAUUUAUUAUCAGCAGUUUUAACAAUGUUGGUCUAACAGUUGCCAAUUACUUGGCCUUAAGGGUAAAAGUACAGGACAAGCUUAACCUCAAUAGCAAGAGCAGACACAAAGAAACACCUCACCUAAAUUUAGCUUUGUGCAUAUUUCCAUGGAAAGUUGAGAUGAAUUGCAGACUUUGAUUGUGUUUAAUCUUUUCAUAUCUCUCACAGAGUUGGAAUAAAAAGAGCUGUUCGGUUAUUUUGGUUAACAAUGGUUGUGUUUAAGAAUCCUUAUUCGUCACAUUUUUGUUGUGAUCUAUUGUCUUACAAAUUAGAUUGGAAACCAGGAGCAUCUUUUCUUGCUAAAACUACCCGGACCCUGAGUCUCCUCUCUGUGUUUCAACACCGGACGUAGGUUGUUCUUAGGAGAUGAAGAGACUUGCUGCUGAUCUCGGGGAAAGCCAGGACCUGGGGUUUUACAGUACGAGCUAGGUGCUGCACAAGCCUGCCAGGAUGUGUUACCUCUUCCUGGCAGAAAACCACCAACAAAGAAAGGAAAAAAGCAAAGGAAAAAAGCACCAUCAUACGGAGUGUUGUACAUAGUGUAGCAAAAGAGUAUUUAUACAUCUCACCAAUCAAACACAGCUUUAUUACCUCAUGCGAACUCAUACAAACCAAUAGACUUUCAACAUGUUCUGUAGCUUAGAGUGCUCACUUACUACCUCUGAACGAUACUCACGCUGUAGUUUGUCUCUUUCUUAUCUUUUUGCAUCUUGUAAUUAACUCUUUGUUUCCCCACAAAAUGUAAUGUACAUUGUAAUCUUUUAAAAGAACCAGGGUUGCGUUAGCAACUUUUAAAGAAGUGAAAAUGGAAACAUGGGGACUUAGGUUUAACACAAAACAGUGAAACUGUUGUAAAUACUGAGAAACAUUUUGAAUGUUAUUCAUCUUGUUACUAAUCCACGCAAAAAACAACAACUAAUUGUAAUGCAUACAGACUCCAGUAUUCAGUACUGUAUAUUUCCCCCUGUGUAACAGGGGCCCUUUCUCUCUCUCUUUUGUAUUGUAUGCGAUUCUGAAACUGAUUGAGUCAUGAAAAUAAUUUGUGGCAGUGAUUCUAAUGUAUUAAACCGUUUCGUGUUACUUUCUAACUGGAUUACACCCUGGAUUGAAAAGUCUUCCUCGUGGUAGCUAUAUGUAGUUUCAAACAUGAAUAAACUUUUUGCUUUCAUGAUCAAA